AUGGGUUUCUCAUUAUAUACUCAGCAAAGCCCAGCACACAAUGAUUUCCGGAGCGAUACAUUCACCACACCUACAUUAUCCAUGAUCAAUUCCUUAGCCACAACGACGCUUGGAGAUGCAGUCUAUAACGAAGAUUCCAAAACAAUCGAAUUGGAGAAAAAAGUUGCCGACAUGACUGGCAAAGAAGCAGGGUUGUAUUGUGUGAGUGGGACUUUAUCCAAUCAAUUGGCCAUGAGAGUCAACCUAUUGCAGCCUCCGUAUAGUGUGUUGUGUGACCACCGUGGACACGUAUACGUUCACGAAGCCGGCGGGAUGUCGACUUUAACACAAGCCAUGGCCCAGCCAAUUAAGCCCAAGAAUGGUGUCCACUUGACUUUGGAAGAUGAUAUUUUACCCAAUUUUAUUCCUGAUGAUGGCGAAAUUCAUGGUGCACCCACUAAAUUGAUUUGUCUUGAAAACACAUUGCACGGGAUGGUCUUCCCCUUGGAUGAAAUCAAAAGGAUUUCUAAGUUUUGUAAAGAGAAUGAUGUCAGAUUACAUUUAGACGGAGCUAGAUUGUGGAAUGCCAGUGUGGCGUCGGGGAUUUCGUUGAAGGAGUAUAGUAAAUAUUUUGAUAGCGUUUCAUUGUGUUUAUCGAAAACCUUGGGUGCACCAAUUGGAACGGUGUUGGUGGGAGACAAGAAGUUUAUCUUGAAAGCCAACCAUUUCAAGAAGCAGAAUGGUGGUGGUAUUAGACAAAGUGGAUUGCUAGCCAGUAUGGCGAUUGUGGCCAUUGACGAAAACUAUUCAAAAUUGCAAAGAACGCACGAUAUGGCGAAAGAAUUGGGGCAGUUGUGCAAAGAGAAAGGCAUUGUAUUGGAGCAUCCAGUGGAUACGAAUUUCGUGUUUGUUGAUAUUGCUGCUAACAAAAUCAAUCCUGAUAAGUUGAUUGAAAUUAGUGACAAGUAUGGAGUGAAAAUAUAUUCUGGAAGAGUCUCCUUCCAUUAUCAAAUAUCACAAGACUCGUUUGAAAAGGCGAAAAAGGUGAUUGUUGAAGCUUUUGAAUAUGCUAAGGAGCAUCCAUAUGAAGACAAUCACAAUUUUAAAUUCUAUACUGCUGAGAAUAAGUAG